UUCCAUCUUUGUCCUGUAGGGGGCAGCAAAGCUCAUCUUCUGUGUGCAUUUCAGAGAAGAAGAAUAUUAUUCUCUGCGCAUGCGCUAAUCUGGAACCCCAAUAACACUGUCGAUAUGUUACGAAAACACCACUUUAACUUGCUAAAGUUACACUACGCAGUUAGGAGCUAUGUGUUUGUUUUCUUAAUUCAUCUUUUAACGAAGGGUUCAAUUUGAUUUCGCUCAUUCUGUUCUUUAACGAGGCUUUUGUUUUCAUGUCUGCAGUGUUCACCGACCGCAUCAUGUAGUUAAACGUGUUACUUCCAGAGUCUCUAAUGUCUAAAUGUGACUCUUAUUUUACGAAACCUCUUCUUGGAAACGUUAUUGAAACUGUAGCUGUGACGGGAUGCAAGAAUCGCUGGUUUUCUUUGACCUGGAGACAACUGGACUUGGGCGGGAUUGUGAGAUCGUGCAGCUGGCGGCGGUGAGCGGGGGCCACUCCCUCAACCUCUACGUGGUCCCCCGGUGCCGGAUGGAGCGCGGGGCCUCCAGGGUGACCGGCCUCAGGGUCCGCGGGCGGAGACUGUACCUCCGUCGCCGACCGGUCCCCACCAACUCCCUGCGGGAGGUCCUGGUCUCCUUCAUCGCUUUCCUCCGGAUGCUCGGGCGCCCGCUGGUCCUCGGCCACAACAUCCGCCGCUUCGACUGCCCGCUGCUGGCCCGCGCCCUCGACCAGCUGGGCCUCGGGGCGCAGUUCCGGUCGGCGGUCUCGGGGUGCGUGGACACCCUGCCGCUGGCCCGGGAGACGCUGAGGGGCCGCGGCCUGCGGAGCUUCCGGCAGACGGACCUGGUGCGGGAGCUGCUGGGCGCGGACUACCAGGCCCACGACGCGCUGCAGGACGUGCGGGCGCUGCAGGCGCUGUAUGGCGAGCUCCGGCCCGCGGCCGAGUCCAUCCGCAGGCACGGGUUCACCCUGGACACCAUGGGGGACAAGCCGGCCCCUGGGUGCAAAGCGCCCCGGGGACAGCGCCCCCUGUGGGAGAGCGCAGGGCCGGCGGUGAAGGUCAACGACGGCGAAGAUGACGCGGCGGGACGCGCGAGAACCUCGGGAGAAGGCAACGAAAAGGGAAGAUGAGGGACGUGUGCAGAGACAUCAGGACACAUUGUCAAUGUGGAGUUUUCAUUCCGCUUCAGUUUUUUUGAUCAUUCCAAAAAAAACCGAUAUGUACUUUCAUUGUUGAUUUUAACGCACAAUGGCGGAGUGUCAGUUUUAUUUAUGGGAACGUAAUGGGUGGUUAAAGCUUUUUUUCCUAAUCUUCACCAGUUAUUUGUGCAACAACAAACAGGCGUGAUGAGUCUGAGGCUCAAAUUGUUUUUCUUCAGUCAAGUUUGCACAAAAUGUGAGAAAUAGUGAUGGCUGUCUGAAAUUGGCGGACGAAAUGCGUUUUUUAUUUACUGGGGAUACGUUAUGCACUUUUAAGUUUCAAUAAAUAAAUCGAAUAAACGUGAUGUAUUGUUGCA